AUGACAAGGAAUCUUAGAGACAUGCAGGCAUUCCUAGGUGUUCAGGUGACCAGGAAUGUGGACUAUAGCACUAUGGGCAUGACUCAGAGACCAUGGUGUGGUGUUCGAAUAGCAAACUACCAGCUCUUUCCAGGAGAGCCCAACUGGGAAAAGAAUAGGAACACAAAGUUGAAGCUGGCAAGGAAGUCACUGCAUGUGCCAUUCAUCAAAGCACAGCCAUCUACAAUACUGCAAGGUUCACUGACCAUUCCUUCCUUUCCUCAGCUCAUGUUAAAUGUUGUUGCUGCUUAUGAAGUUCCUGAGAGGGGUUUGGUUUAUUUUUUCAAAGGCCCUCAUUACUGGGUAACUCAAGGAUUUCAGAUGCAGAGCCCCCCUUGCACCAUCUCUGACUUAGGGUUUUCCAAAAAAGUGCAGCACACUGUUGCAGUGGACUACCUAAAGGCUGACAAGGAGAUGCUCUUCUUUGUGGGAGAUGAAUAUUACAGCUAGGAUGAAAAGAAAAGAAAGAUGGGAAAAGACUAUUCAAAAAGUAUUCAUAAAGAUUUCAGAGGAAUCAGUAGCAAAGUAGAUGCAGCACUGGAAGUGAAUGGAUUUAUUUGGUUCUUUUCUGGUCCAAAAGCCUAUAAAUAUGACAGAGAGAAGGAAAAUGUGAUUAAUAUUGUGAAAACCAGUUCCUAG